UCGACGGCAAGAGAAUCCUUAGACAUUCUGACAUUAUUGAAGAAAUGAGCAUGGACGGCCAUGCUUAUAUGAUCUUGUGAAGAUCCUCACACUUGUCUAAACCAAUUGUACUUAAAUAGCUAUAUAUAUAUAUAUUAUAUAUACACAAUGUUCCAUCCAUGGAAGAAGCAAAAAUUGAUGUUCAUGGGAAGCCUCAACAUGCUACGUUUGUUGUUUCUAGCAACAGUCUUAGGCAUAACCGCCGCAAAUGACAUAAAAGCAUUAUACUGGCUAGAACAACCACUCUUCCCUCCUUCAGCCAUAAACACAUCACUCUUCACCCACGUCUACUACGCAUUCCUCGCACCCAACAACGCCACCUACCAACUCCACCUUUCAAACACCACCGCCGCAGCCCUCGCAACGUUCACCGCCACCUUUCCACCCACCGUCGCCGCCCUCAUCUCCAUCGGCGGCGCCACCACCAACGCCACCCUCUUCGCCGCCAUCGCUUCCAACGCCGCCGCGCGCGCCACCUUCAUCAACUCCACCAUCGCCGUCGCGCGAGCCUUCGGGUUCCACGGCGUUGACCUGGACUGGGAGUUCCCCCGAACAGCCAGCCAAAUGAGCGACAUGGGGAAACUCUUCGCGGAGUGGCGCGCCGCGAUUUCCGCCGAGGCCGCCGCCACCGGGCGGAAACCGCUCCUGCUGACCGCCGCCGUGUACUUCGCAGUCGACUAUUUUGUGUCCGAAACGACGUCGUUGAGGUACCCGGUGGGUUCCAUGAACGAUAAUUUGGAUUGGGUGAACGUUAUGAGUUACGAUCUUAAAGGGCCGUGGAGUAACCGUACUGGGCCUCCUGCUGGGCUUUUUGACCCGAAGAGUAACGGUAGUGUGGGCUUUGGGUUACGGUCGUGGAUCCAGGGUGGGGUUAGUCCCAACAAGGUGGUGAUGGGUUUGCCGCUAUAUGGGAGGACGUGGCAGUUACGUGACCCGAAUGUGCAUGGAAUCGGGGCUCCGGUUGUUGGGCCGGGUCCCGGGUUGGAUGGUGCUAUGGCUCUCUUUCAAGUGUUGGAAUUUAACAACCAAACGGGUGCGAGUAUUGUGUAUGACAAGGAAACGGCGUCGGUUUAUUCGUAUAGUGGGAGUUAUUGGGUCGGGUACGAUGACUCGGUUACAGUGGCGGUUAAGGUUGGGUUUGCUCAGGCCCUUUCGCUUCGUGGGUAUUUCUUUUGGGCCGCGGGCCUCGACACUGACGAUUGGAAAAUCUCAACACAAGCUCUGAAUUCGUGGAUGUUUUGCAUUAAUGCGAAUGGAGGAGUGAACUGAAAGUUGACAUUCAUCACUUCAUGUUUUUGGGUUAUCUCUUUUUUUUUCUUUUACCUCAAAUAAUUGAAUUUAUUGUAUAGACAAUACACAAGUAGUUGGCAAUGCCUUCAUUCAGCAAAUGAUUUCUUUUUCACCGAUAUCCCAUGUAUAACAUGGAAGGGGAAAAGAUUUCCUUCCUUUUGCAUAAAGGCUUUUCAUUUUAAUGGAU